AUGACACGUCCGAUAAUAUCGCUGAAGCCUAGCUAUAAUUCCGUGGUUCGAGGUUGUCCAGGACUACCAGAAACACUGCCACGAGUUGAAUGUGAGCUGCGAAUAAGGUCUAGCGACGCAAAACCCUUCAAAAUUGACAAGAUAGAGAUCGUGCUCAAGACGGUGGAAUCAUUAAUCAAUACGUCGCAUCAUUCAUUUAGCUCAAAGCCAAAACUCGAGAGGACAAGUACCCAUUACAAAAAGAGUAUAAGGAUAAGUGAAAAGAAAUUGAUUGGUAUCGACAUUCCUUUGACCAUUGGUCUGCCAGAUGAUAUCAAGGAAACAAACUUUAAUCAUAACUUUGGUCAAGCGGUAACGUUUUUGGAAUGUGGCUUGCGGUACAACGGACUCGAGGAACGUGAGCUCUUCACGAGGACUAUAAAUGUUGAGAGAUACACAUUUCUGCCUAGUCCUAAGAUGUUUCCUAGCCUUGGUAGAAAAGUAUACUCCCCUGACAAAAAGUUUGCCGUAACAUAUAGGCUUAGGAAUCCAUGCGUCACAAAAGAUGACUUUUUGCAUGUUGAUUUCGAACUUAAGCUUAAUUCUAAGGGCGGACAUGACAACUCAGUUUCUUCAUCAUCAACGACAUCACUGAUCUUUAACAAAAAAAGCAAGGCAAGACUAAAGGCAGCAGUAGUGAAUGUAAAGGAAUUUCUCGAGGUGAAUAGUGACGAUCGAACGGGAUCUAGCGGCGUUAAUGAGCCAAAAGAGAACGUAUUGCUUGAGAUGGGGAUGCCAAUUGAUGAAUUAAUUACAAACAACCCUAUAAGAUGGUCAAUGGAUAUUCGUAUCCUUACCCAAAAUGAGCUUUUCAAAGAAUUUGAAGAUUCCUUGCUAGAAUCACCAUUACUUUCAAAAUCGGUCAAUUCAUCGGACGAAUUCUCGGCAAGCAAUCCAAAAAUAAAUACCAGACUUAUACAAAAUAAAGCAGAUGGAAAUCCUGGUCUGGUUCCACUGCAAUAUCAUACAUCGAUCACUACUCAUCGUGGAAAUCUCUUCAGAAUUCUUCAUGGGAUUACUGUUAAAUUCAAGAUAGGUAAUGGCAAAAGCUUCCAGAUAAGUCAGCCCAUAGAUAUAACACCCUGGAAACUUUCUCAACUGAAGAAUGUCGAGCAACUCAUUCUGCAGGAAAGAGAAACAGCGAAAUAUGCUAGACUCUUUUACGAGAAUUUUGGUGGUCUGAAAAAAGUAGUUGCAUCCGCCUCUACAGGUACUCACGCUGACAGAGUUGAGUAUCCUCCGCUACCGCCAGUUGUUUAUCCGAACGAUUCAAGGACACUCAAAAAGCUAAAUGUAGAAUUCAGCGGUGAGGAGAGAUCAAAUCGUUCGAGAAUUCCAUUACUCGAAUAA